UCACUUCUCCUCUCCUUUCUCUGCUGUAAUUUCUUCUUUUAUUCCAAUUAACUAAAUAUAAGGCACACCCCACACUCGCCGUAUAUUCAUAAAUUGAUAUGAUUAACAAAUUUUAAAUUAACACAGAGGCCGAACAUGAACGGAAACCAACCAAUUUUUUUUUGCUGAAACCAACCAAAGUUUCUCCACAUCAGCCUGUAAAUUAUUACAAAGUCAACAAAAACUUCAACAAAUCCACUUGAAAUCUGACCUACAACAUCAUCAUCGCGGUUAGAUCACCUCAUAUAACAAAAAAAAGUCUUGAAUGCCACACCAAAUUUUCCUAAAACGAAUAAAUAAUUUCAAAACAAUAACAUAACAACAUCCAAAUCUCCCAGAAGAAGCUCACUUAAAACAUUCCUCAACCGGUAGAAAGGGAAGCAUGAAAACCAAUUAUCAGAAAGUGUCUAAAGAGUUCAGUUCUAAAAGCUCAUGUCCUGCAACUACGAUUUAAAAAAAAAAAAAAUUUUAAGGGUUUCAACUUCAAUAUCAGCUCCUACCAUCCCACUUCAUUACUAUAAUAAAAAAAGUUCAAAUCAUAACUCUAUAUCUAUUGAUGAUGAAAAUUAUCCAACAAAAUCAUAAAUAUUAAACCGAAUAAUCCGCGCGAAAGCGUGAGCAAACCGCUAGUUAAAAAAUAUACCAACCAGUUGAAGUAAUAAUCAAACUGCAUGCUUUUAGCUGUUGUAAUUGUGACUCAUACAAAGUGCAUAAAUUCAAAACGCAAACGCUGAUCUACAGUGAGAAAGGAGACUAGCGUCCAGGUUGCGAUUUGCGGCACUAAAAUUAGUGGAAAAAGUAGGUUCACGUAGACCUACCCGCGGCGAAUCAAAACCCCCUCUCACUUUCCACCAUCCUCACGCUAUAAACUUCCAUAACUGCAUCAUGCUCUCUAGUCUCUAACCAACUAACCAAAACGAACUUCCAUUUUCGAAUUUGAACUCUAAAUUCGAAUUUGAAAAUAUCUGCGGGGAAGUUUUCGUGUCAAAGGAUGAAGGAGAUCGCGUCGAGGAUUUCAAAGCGCAAGGCUGAGCCGACGCCGUUCGCCGGGAAGAAGCUUCGGUCGAUUCCGUCUCGCCGGAAGAGAGCUCAGAUCUCUCCAGUUGCUAUCCAGCCACCUCUCUCUCACAAGGAAGUAGGAGUAUCCGCUGCUUCCGUUGAUUCCUGCUCCAAUUUGCUCUCUGCAGUCGACGACAACGUUUCAUGCGGUUCUAGCAGAGUCGAGAAGAGCUUCGGGAAGAAUCGAAUUGAAGAGGAAGAAGUUUCUCGACCUGGUAAAGAUGUAAAGAAGGAGACGAUCGCUGAUCCGAAGUUUCGGAGGAUCACUAGAUCAUACUCUAAGCUAACCAAGGAGAAGAUCAUAGAUGAGACUGAAGCAAGCGAAUCGUCCUUCACACGAUCCGACGUGACAUUCGCCGAGAGUAAGGAGAGCGACGUCGUUUCAUUCGUUUCGGCGGUGGAGUCUUGCUCGAAGCUCGGAGGCGAUAACGAAGAAACCGAAAUCUCCAAACGGAGCGGAUUCAUGGAAGAGGUAAAGGAACUGAAGCCGGAGGUUGAGACAGUCGGAUGCGUCUCCGAUCUCGCUUGCACGGAGACGUUCUCCGGCGAAGAUGUUUCGGACGAUUACGAGGAUGAUUUAUCGGAGCAGCGUUCCCAGAUAUUUUCGCAGUCCUCCGACCUCGAUUCAUCGGAUUACACUCCGUCAAUGUACUUCGAUUCCGGAAGCCAAUUCUCUGAGAAAUCUAGCUCUGGUUCUCCAGUUUCACAUACUCGCUCUCUGUACCUUCAGUACAAGGAACAGUUCUGUAGAUCCACGAUUCCCAACGGUUUCGAAUCUUCUCGCCAUGAUCAAAACCGUGAAAUUCACUCUGAACUGGUAAGAUUUGAAGAUGAAGAGGUGGAAGAGAGCUAUCAAAUGCUGAGGGAAAGAGAGAGAAGCCAUGCGUAUUUGCGUGACUGUGCUAAGGCUUACUGCUCCAGGAUGGACCACGCUGAUUUCAUCCCUCGUCUACGCUUGAUCAUGGUUCGAUGGAUUGUGGAGCAAUGUUCUGACAUGGGGUUUCAGCAAGAGACCUUGUUUCUAGGAGUUAGUCUGCUGGAUCGAUUCUUGAGCAAAGGAUCCUUCAACAGCGAGAGGACUCUAGUACUAGUCGGGAUUGCGAGUCUUACUCUGGCCACCAGGAUUGAAGAAAACCAACUUUACAAUAGCAUCCGGAAAAGGAACUUCUACAUUGAGAACCUAAAGUAUAGCCGUCAUGAAGUGGUGGCAAUGGAGUGGCUGAUUCUAGAAGUCCUCAACUUCAAAUGCUUCUCACCCACAAUCUUUAACUUCUUAUGGUUUUACCUAAAAGCUGCUCGAGCUAAUCGAGAAGUUGAAAGGGUAGCCAAAUCCUUUGCCGUUGCGUCACUGUCCGAUCACACACAACUCUGUUUUUGGCCCUCGAGUGUAGCAGCCGGACUCGUAGUUCUUGCCUGCAUCAAACACAACAAAAUCUCAGCCUACCAACGAGUCGUAAAGGUUCAUGUUAGAACAAAAGAUAACGACCUGCAUGAAUGCGUCAAGAGCCUGGAAUGGUUCCUUGGGCAGUAAGCAAUCAACAACAACAAAUACCCCCCCAAACCAGAACACAGUAUACUCCCCAUACGAACUCACAGGUUAUUAUUACCAUUUAUUAAACAAAUAGUAUAUAAUUGGUAUAAACUAAGCAAUGCCUCUACAGAUUUAUAUACUUGAUCUCUGGACUUUUUAGCUGUUGUAUUGGCAUACUAAUACCCAAUUAUUUGUGUCGCCACCAAAAUUUAUUGCUUAUUUUUCCCAAUACACUACACUCCCAUUUUAUUAAAAAUCAUUUUCUUGUUCA